AUGAUAGUCAUGCUUGUUAGCGCAUUAGGGUUCUUCAAUCCUCGAGGGCAGCCUUUCGUCUUUGACUUUCCGGGAAUCAUGCAAGACUUUGUGAAGUUUGUACGACAAUACGCAGUCCCGCGCUGGCUCCUUGGAGCCUACAUGCUUCUUGCGACGUACCUGGCAUGGGCAGCAGACGUGGGUGUGAAAUACUCCACGUUGAAGAGAGUGAAAUCAGCGCUGGGGCUCAACACAACGUCUCACAGGUGCGUGAGAGGAAGGAAAAUCCCAUGGAAUCCUUCGUUCCGUGCUCGUUUCACAGUGGGGAUAUGCGGAGUGCUGACGGUCUUCUCCUCCAUUCUGCUUGCUGGAGCUGUCUCGAACUCUCUCCUCGGGGUGAACAUGGGUAUGAUCCUGGAUGAGUUGCCGUUCCUUGUCGUCUUCAUGGGGGUUCAGGGAGUCUUCAGCCUCCUCGAUGCAUCUACGAGCACCUACAACGAGUCUGAGCUGAGGAGAGGGCAAGUCUAUGUGGUAGACAGAGUCAACCAGAUCGCGCUGGCGACGUCCCUCACGGGUCCAGAGGAACUGGUGAUGUCGCUGAGCAAGGCGCUGGUCGCUCUGUUCGUCGUCUGGCCCCUCUCGACGCUCAUGGGGCAGCAAUGCAUCGCCGACUUCUCUGUGCAUGCCGGGCUCGCGGUGCUCUUCAAGUGUCUUCUUCAGAUGUCAGUGUUCGCCUCGGUCGUGCAGGCCUUGCUCCCUGAGUGGGACCCCGCGAGGAAGCAGAACCGUCCCUUGCUCACGCCGGAGAUGAAGUGCCGGGUCUGCUUUGAGUUCUCUCAAGACCUGCGGAGGUGUCCCUGCAGGUGCACGGGGAGCGUCGGGUACAUCCAUCCAGUCUGCUUCCAGCAGUGGUUCGAGACCAAGAAGAGCAUGCGCUGUGAGCUCUGCCACGUGAUCUUCAACGUCCGCAUGCUGCCAACGUCUGUGAUGACCAACAUCCAAACCAUGGAGUCCCUCGUCGCGGAGCUGCUUCCUCCGCUCUCGAAGAGGCUCGCCCUCUACCUCCUCCUCUCCAUCCCCAUCAGCUGCAACAAGCUCGGCUUCAUGGUUGUCGACGCUGUCUCGGAGAACUUCCGCCUGCUCGUUGGCACUGCUCACAGCAAUGCGGCAUACAUGCUGACUCUGAUCGCCUGCUCCCUCCCCGCCGUCGCCGUCGCCCUCCUGGAAGUUGUACCGCGCGUUCUGACCGACUGGCAUCGUCGCCAUCGUGUGAUGCACUGGGAUGGGCCGAUAGACGGGAUGUCAGACUCGGAUUCAGAUGAUGAAUACUGCAACCAAGAAGCGAGGAGAUAG